AUUUGACAGUUUAAUAAACCGGGGAGAAUUAAUUUGCUUGGCGCGGUUGCUUAAAUUUCAUUCCGCGAGAGGUCGCAAAAGAGCAUCACAAAUUCUGUAGUGUGAGUUUUCCAAUGUCAGAACGUAAAGUUGUUUAGCAGUUGCGUUAAGUACGGUAAUUAAAAUAGCUUACAAUGUCUGCUGUGUUGAAAGGGCUCACCAACUCUGCUUUCAGUCCAAAUUCUUUGGGAAGGCUUCGUUUUUUCUGUCCGCCAGUUCUACAAGCAAGAAAUUUUGCAGACAAAAAAAUUGAAACCGAACCUGCACAAGUAUUACAGCCGAUUCGUUCCGAAAUUUCAAGACUUAAGAAUGCAGACAGCCGAGGAGAGUACAUUGCCACACGGAUUGACGAUCUGGUGAACUAUGUUCGCACGAAUUCACUGUGGCCGAUGACAUUUGGUCUCGCAUGUUGCGCUGUUGAGAUGAUGCAUUUCGCAGCCCCACGUUAUGACAUGGACCGUUUCGGGGUCGUGUUUAGAGCAAGCCCUCGGCAGUCUGAUCUCAUGAUUGUUGCUGGAACUCUCACAAAUAAAAUGGCUCCCGCUUUGCGUCGCGUGUAUGAUCAAAUGGCUGAUCCAAAGUGGGUUCUUUCCAUGGGAAGUUGUGCCAACGGUGGAGGUUACUACCAUUAUUCAUACUCCGUUGUUAGAGGCUGUGACCGUAUCGUUCCUGUUGAUAUAUACGUUCCUGGUUGCCCCCCAACAGCAGAGGCGUUGCUCUACGGUGUUUUACAGCUUCAGAAAAAAGUCCGAAGAACGAAACUGUCAUCAGUGUGGUACCGAGAACAUUCUCCUAAAGUUCAAACCAUCCCAGAAGCUUUUAACGAACAAUUUGGGAAAAAUUAAAUUGACAUUCAGUUCAUUUUUUUGACUUGUAAUAACAUUAAAUUUAUUGAAACAUUUACAGUGUAGUGUAUUUAUUGUACUUGAAUGCAUUUGCUUUGUUUAUUUCCUCAAAAAUUCAAAAGUAAAGGAUAAGUUCUAUAACAACAUGAAAAACUAUACCUGGUGUAAACUACACGAGUGAUAUAGCUAUCAUUUUAUCUCACUUAAAAGUUUAACUUGUUUGCAUAAACCUUCUCAUAUUAUUGGAAAUUUCAUUUGACGGAUCAAAAUUUUUAAGCAAAGUAAAUUGUAAUAACUUGUACUUUAUUUCACUAGGUUCAGUCAAACUUUUUAAAAAUUCUAGUAGGGUAGACUUUUAAUAAGAAAACUUCUUUUGAUAAUAGUAUUAUGAAAGGAAUUUGAUCUUUGUUGAAGUUAAAGAAAAUAUGUCGAGUCAUGGUUUGAAUCAAAAUACGGAAGACAAUGAUGAAGAAGACCGUGUGGAUGCGAUGAUAAAGAAGACUGGAUGUUACGAUGAAAAUAAUGAUGUUCAUAUGUGUAUGUUUGAACACUCCGAUUGGAGAAAAUGUCAAAAAGAAGUGAAAGCUUUGAAAGAAUGCAUAACUCAGUAUAAUAAACAGAAAACAUCUAGUUAACAAAGAAAUUUUGUGUGUUACUGCACUGGACAUGUUGGAUUCCAUUUCUUUAACACAAAGGCAUAAAUGUUAGCUUACUCUUGUAAUAUUAAGUCAUUUGACUCAUUUCUCUUACCAAUUGAUGCCAAGUUAAUGUAGUUAGCUAUGUUAUGCAGGCUAUAUAAUAUAACAAUUAAAUUAUUAAUCAAUGUCUUCAUUAAGGCUGAAUUGUAUAUCAGUCGUUUUAAAUUGAAAAUCCCAAAUAAAGCGUAAGCAUUUACAUCAAUUAUGCAACUUUUUAAUAGACUUGUAGGUUCAAUAUAGACGGUUGAAACUUGAAUCCAUGUAUAAUGAAGUUCUUUGACCGACUAUACACCUCAUUGGAACACCCGUGUGUAAGAAACCCACUGAUAUACGGAAUAGGUUCAGCUACAGGAGUUUCCCUUCUGCAUUUUCUAAUUCGUGGAAUUCCAGAGAAGUCGAUGACGGUCUGGAUCGGAUUAUUUGUCCCAAUAACUUUCGGUUGUUCAAUAUUUUGCGAUUAUUCUCGUAUGCUGGAAAGAUUAAAAGCAGAACAAUAUAAAGACGCAUUGCGAUAUCAUACGCUUACCGAGGGCACUGGAAAUUCGAAUAAAACUUCAGAAAAUGAAAAAAAGGAUUUAUGACCAUUUUGUUGUUGUUACCCUGCUUUACUUAGCAAUGCAUUAUGUAAUUUUCGCUUUUUAUAAUAUGGUGCAGUCAGAUACAUGCAUUUUCUGAUACCAUAUUAUGUAGGCUAUAAAUGAGUUUGAUAAAUACUGUUAAGUCUAAAGGCAGUAUCUGAAUUGAAACAUUCAAUAUUUUGCAUUACAGGUUUGCAUGGCAUAAGUUGAACUGGGGAAUCUAUUUAACAUUAGAAUGGAAGAAGCAAUGAACAAUGUUGUUAAGAAGUUUGAUGACGCUGAGAAAAGUUUACAAGAUAUUGAGAGUCGACUGGAAAACGGGUUCGAAAAACAUUUGAAACAAAAUGGGGUUGAAGGUGUUGAAGACAAAGCUUCGUUACUUGCUAAGCUUGAGGAGGUAAAACAAGAUUACUCUGAAAUUAAGAAAGAAGCUUUAGAGUUGGGUCAACUACAGAGGGAAAUGGCGCUUGCCUUCCAACAGCAGUUACUUUCUACUGUACAGAAGUUACAAGGGUUAACUGAUAAUCAAUCCUUGAGUAAGAACUCCACUGAAGCAACAGAUGCCGCAAUAGAGUCUUUAGUUGAACAAUCAAAUGUGGCAGAAAAUUUAACCAACAAGUUAAAAAAGUUAUAACAGUAAAAAUUGUGUAAUCUUAACAUAAACACUGCCAAUAUGUGUCAGGGCAAAGCUUCUUAAGCAUUUUAGUAUAAAGGCCCCUUUGGUCCUAUGGAUUUUUUUCACCACACUGAUUUUUUUAAAUUAUCAUUUUCCAAUUUUACCAAAUAUAUUCCAUUUUUUUGGUAAUUGUUAAAGCUUAUGACACACCUGAGCCCAUUCAAACCAAGUUUGACCAGAGCUGGAUUCCUAAAAACUCUGGUACGAUAAGUUAAAGAUAGCAAAGCAAUUCAAUUUAUUGCAAUCUAGGUUAAACUGUCUCGCCACUACUAGAUUGCUGUUCUGGUAAACUUAAACUCUGUACCAGAUUAACUGACAUAAAUCAAGGCCUGGUUACUACACAGUUUAAGAUACCCCAAUAUUAAAGUUAAAGAACUUUUUAUUACUUGUUGCUUCUAAUAAAGUUAUAAAAGCAAAGUA